AAGAAGUUGUUCCCAAAUCUGGCCGUACGAGUCUUCAAGCUCCUGAGCCUUCUCCCGGAGGGAAGAGGGACGAAAAGUGUGUUGGCUGGGUGGGUCAUGUCCUUGAUUAUCCUGACUGCACUGCUCCGACAGCGUGCGGUGUAAGCAUCCCGGGAGAGGGCGAUCGCAUUUUCCACACACCCAACCCGCACGGUCGAUUGAACAGUAUUUAAACAGCGCCCUUACAGAGUCGAAUAAUAAAAAAAAUCUUUCAGCCUAGCGCUGUAUCCCGCACUGAAAAGCACCUGGACAGAACGGAAAACGGAACACCAUCUAUCAGCGUCCCAUCCCAGAGAGGAUCUUAAACCUGUACUUUACCAGAUUUUUCCAUCAGCCAUGUCAUUUGUAUCCUGCUUUCUCAUUGAUUUGACGAUGGAAUCAAAUUGCAGCUUUAAUCUACAACCAUCAGAGUUCCGUUUGUAUUUGUGAGUAACAAAACUUUAGCUAGAAACUGGAACUGCUCCAUGGAUGAUGGCCGCAUCCGCCUGUCUGAUAACUGUUCCCUCCCCCUCAAUAGGUCGGCCUGGGACUUCCCUGACUUUGGGAAUCCCUGCCCAAUGUCAGCAGUCCUCACCAGUUUCCUAGUGGCCUCCUACUGCGCUGCCAUGGUGUUCGGAUUACUGGGAAACAUUUGCUUAAUUUGUGUGAUUGCCAAACAGAAGGGGAAAUCUAAUAUAACCAACAUGUUCAUUGCCAACCUAUCCUUUGCUGAUAUCAUGAUUUGUGUUUUCUGCCUCCCCUUUACAAUCGUUUACACUCUGAUGGACUAUUGGAUCUUUGGUGAAGCUUUGUGCAAGAUGAUCCCCUUCGUCCAGUGCCUGUCGGUGACAGUGUCCAUUCUCUCUUUAGUCAUGAUAGCUCUGGAAAGGCAUCAGCUCAUUAUAAACCCCACAGGAUGGAAGCCAAAUGUCACCCAAGCUUACCUUAGCAUACUAACCAUCUGGAUGCUGGCCUGCUUCAUCUCCUUGCCCUUUGUGAUUUUUCAUGUUUUAACAAGUGAGCCUUUGAUGGACCUCCCUGCUCCUGUAGCAGCAUUGGCCAGUGAGGUGAUCUGCAUGGAAUCAUGGCCAACCAGGCAACAAAAGCUGAUAUACAUGACUUGGCUCUUUGCAUUCCAAUACUGUGCACCCCUUGUUUUCAUUGCAGUGUGCUAUGGCAGGAUAUACAUGAGAAUAAGGACAAGGAAGGACUUAAUGGACAAAGGUGUCGAAGAUAAAUCCAGAUUGACAAAGGGCAGAAGGAUAACCAUGAUACUUGGUCUGUUGAUUCUUGGAUUUGGACUUUGCUGGUUACCUUUAAACGUAUUCAAUCUCAUUGCAGACUGGGACCUGGAAGCAAUGAUGCAUUGUGAUCACAAUCUCAUCUUUUCCCUCUGCCACUUGGCUGGAAUGGCUUCCACUUGCAUCAAUCCUAUCAUCUACGGCUUCCUGAAUAAUAACUUCAAAAAGGAGCUCUGGGCUAUCGUUGUUCACUGUGACUGGAGCAGGCAGGAGGACUGUGAACACUUUCCAUUGUCCACCAUGAAUACAGAACUUUCUAAAACUUCUCUGCGACUGAGUUGUAGGAAUACUUCCCAGUUUAAUAGACAAAAGCAUGCUGCCCAAUAAAGAAAUAUUUCAGACUUUGGAAUUUUCCAAAUGAACUUUGUAUUUAUCACUGUUUAAUUUUAUUCCCCUUGUCUGAUUUGAGUUAUUUCUAAUAUUAUUGUUAUAUGGCAAGAAAAUGUUUCCAUCAGUCUCCUAUUCCAACCCUAAUAUAAAUGAUAAAUCUCUUGCCAGUUAAUUAUGCCAUGUUACAGUUGCUCAAGUAUCUUAGAUUAUGUUAUAAAUAAGGUGGGUUAAUAAUAUUCUUCGGCAAAAUUUAGGAUCAAAAUUCCACUUGUCGAAACAUGGAACCAUUUAUCACUGACAUUCUCUGGUGCCUUGUUAAAAUAGUCUUCAGCUUUGCCUGUGAAGUACAGUUCUUUGUUCAGACAGAUUGGUAAUGUACAGUACUCAUUUUCUUUCUGAAAAGUUCACUAAAUGACAUGUGAUUCAGUCACUUAUGUAUUCCGUCAAUAGUUACACUGUUUAUGAUAAAAAUGGUUUGCUGUAUUUUACAUUGCUCUCAUUUUAUAAUGCUUAAGAGAAAAUGUUAAGAUGAAACUAUAUCUGUUUUUGACUUACGGCAAUAAAUUGCUAAUGUAUUGAAACACAACAGUUGUU